CUCAACAACUGCGGUUCCUGAUCCCUCUCUCCCCUGUCACAUUCGGUAAAACAGGGUUCCUUUGAGCUUUUGUUAAGAAUGGGGGACUUUCAACAGUUCGAGCAAAAUUUCUACCAGUCAGGAUAUUACAUAGAUGACCAGGGACAGGCUGUCUAUGGCUAUGACGUCCCAGGUCAGGAUGACGAUCCAAAUGUAGACUACGGUGCCCCCGUGCCGGGUGUCUUCACUCCUUCGUUGGGGCUGGGCCCCCCCGACCAACCCUAUACGGGGCACGUGUUCCAACCCGCCAAGCCCCCUGAGACACCCACCUACACGGCCACAGACACAUUUGAGGACGAGCCGCCGUUGCUGGAAGAGCUUGGCAUUAACUUCGACCACAUCUGGCAGAAGACUCUAACCGUGCUAAACCCCUUCAAGCCAGCAGAUGGCAGCAUCAUGCAUGAAACUGACCUGACUGGGCCCAUAUUGUUCUGCGUCGCGCUUGGUGCGACGUUACUGAUGGCAGGGAAGGUGCAUUUCGGAUACGUGUAUGGGAUCAGUGCCAUGGGCUGCCUGGGCAUGUACACACUGCUGAACCUGAUGAGCCUGGUGGCGGUCUCCUAUGGCUGCGUGGCCAGCGUGCUGGGCUACUGCCUCCUGCCCAUGGUGGGCCUCUCCACCCUCGCCAUCUUCUUCUCCCUACAGGGCGUCCUGGGAACACUCUCUGCCCUGCUGGUCAUUGGCUGGUGCAGUCUGUCUGCCUCCAAGAUCUUCAUCUCCACCCUGGCAAUGGAGGGUCAGCAGCUCCUAGUGGCCUAUCCAUGUGCCCUCCUCUACGGUGUCUUUGCCCUCCUCACUGUCUUCUGAACCUGAAGCUCAUGUCAUUAUAUCCUACUGUAUGGGGUCUUUUCUCUCCUCACUGUCUUCUGAACCUGAAGCUCAUAUCAUUGUAUCCUACUGUAUGGGGUCUUUGCCCUCCUGUCUUCUGAAGCUGAAGCUCAUGUCAUUGUAUCCUACUGUAUGCAAUCUUUUCUCCCUUCACUGUGUUCUGAGGUUCUUGUCAUUGUCCUAGAUUGAAUAUUCAGCUUUACAGCUGAAAACUCCGUUCAACUUUUGAAGA